UGUCAUUCCCGAGUCUCAGUGUGAGAGUUCACGGUAACAUGUGGUUAGUUAUGGCGGCGCCCUAUGCGGUUUAAAGAAGCGGAAUAAAUAAGAAAAGGAAUGUUAUUAUCACAACUGUCUAUUAUAACUAACUAAGUGCAAGCAAGAAACUGGGAAAAAUGUCCAUGAAAGACACCAGUCAAGGGCAGCCAAUGUCCAGAGCCAUGAUCAUGGAAAUGCUGUCCAAGAGAUUUGAAAAGCUACCAGACUUUGACAGGAAGCUGUACACAUAUGGUCCGGUUUAUUUGGGUGCCAAUGCUGGACUUGCGGGUCUGAUCGCAAACAGUUUGUAUCGCCGUGCGCUCAAUGUCACUCAAGGGCGAUUUACGUCCGGUCUUCCCAUGUCUGUCCUUCCUUUUCUUACAACUGUGGCAUUAUAUAACGCAACUGUCAGCAACCCUUUAUUAACAGGUGACCUCAACUGCUCAAACUGUGCCCUGCUAAGAGGAGCUUUAGUAGGUGUAGUAGGUGGUGGAAUAUACCCCAUUUUGUUGGCACUGCCCGUCAACGCUGGGCUUGCAGCAAGGUACAGCAGUGCUCCAAUGCCAGAGAAGGGGAACAUAGUCCGCUUCUGGAUGACACUGAGCAAGCCCAUUGUGAGGAAAAUGUAUGGUGUCCUAUUACUACAGACACUGUUUGGUACAUAUUUAGGCUCCAAGAACUUUGAGAUCUACGUGAAGAUGCUUAAACUGUCAGAAUCAGAGCGUGAGGACCUGCAUGACUAAGCCAAUAUCUUAUUCACAAUUUAUGUGCUGCUGUUUUUCUUUACUGUAUCUAGAAAACAGACCAUAAACUAUCGUGUUGUUUAUUGUUGGAUUUUUCUGCCGUUGAUACAAGCUACUAAAGCCUAAUGCACCGAGUUGAAAGUCCAAUCUCAUCAUUUCCCCCAUUAAUAGACGAGCCUAAUUAACAGCAAGUCCAAGAAUAGCUGUGAUUGCAGACCAGUUAUUAAUAAUGCAGAUGGCUCAUGGUGGAAGCUUUAGAAUCUCAUGUAUAGAUCAAAAGACGCAGGACAAGAUUUGAAAACGUUUUAUGAACUUCUGUAACCUCUUGCUGUUUUUGAAAGUGUAUUAUUUAAAAACAAAAAAAAAUCUAAAUUCAUUAGCCAAUUUUCCAAUUUCUAUGUAAGCCAGACCAAAUAAAAUAUUUUUUUAAUGAUAAAUUGACAAGUUUAUUAAUAUCUGUGCCUUGUGGUUUAUGAUUAUUAACUCUAUCAAAAAUAUAGUUUGAUAUUUUUCUGGUAAACCUAUUUCCCUAAAUAUACAAAAACACUGAGAUAACUAUAUACACCGAUCAGGCAUAACAUUACGAGCACUGACAGGUGAAUAAGACUGAUGAUCUCCUCAUCAUGGCACCUACUUCAUUUUUUUAAGUAGGCAGCUUUCUAACGUCUGAUAUUUUGGACAAAUCUAAAAAAUUUCCUGUGUUUCCUUCAGAGCAAAGACAAUCCCAUAUCUCUGUUCACUGAAUAAUGAAUAAAAUAGUAAAACAGUAAUCAUUAUCCCAUCAAGGCUUAAAAUUUGAGUGUGCAAAUUGGUCAUUGUAAGAGAAAUGGACACAAGGGUUUUGUUUGUUUUUUUCACAUUUCAAGCAUUCCAGCACUGACACAUGUUAGUGCAACAUAUGAACCCAUCAUCAAAAUGGAUAUAUAUUUUUUGGGUGGAGGAAUCAUAAGGCAAGCUAAUGGCAACAUGUUCGUUCUGUGCAUCUCCACACUCCGAUUUACUGAGGGUACAAGGAGAAAGCAUCCAAUCAUGCAAUUUAUAACGCUAUAGGGAACUUUGUUGGAUGUGUUUGUUUUAUAUGUACAAAGUAUAUUAAACUUUCUGGAAGACUUCUAAUGAAA